GAUUUCCAUCUGUCCAUCUUCCCUCACUACUGCAACUUCAGCAACAGGUUAAUCAGUCACUUUUAAGACUUCCGCAUACCACUCCAUAAUCACAACAACUCAAAUCGCAAACAUGCAGAAAUCAUUGAUCUCCCUUUUCGCUCUUGUCUCCUCUGCCAUGGCGGUUGAGAGAUCCGUCGUUGUCGGCGGUAGUGGACUGACUUUCGUUCCUAAUGCCUUGACUGUUCAAGUUGGUGAUACCGUCAAGUUUCAAUUCUUGGGCAAGCACAGUGUCGCACAAAGCACUUACGAUAGCCCAUGCGUUCCUUCCGACCAUGCUCCAAUCUUCUCUGGUGUUAUCUCUGGCCCGGAUCCAUCUUCUAACGAUGCCGCUCCUACCUUCAUCAUGGACACCCACGUCAACGGAACUUUAUGGCUCUACUGCUCCGUCUCCGAUCACUGUCAAAAGGGCAUGUCCAUGGAAGUCGUCGUAGGCAAUAACCCCGACGACUCCCAAACCCUCGACAAAUACCAAGCCGCCGCCGCUAAAGUCGCCACCGCCGUCGCACCCGAUACUGUCGAAGGUGGAACUGUCAGUCUCUUGUCUUCUUCUGCCUCGACUUCAUCAACAGGUACUGCCACUGCCGUCUCUGGCAAUUCCACUGCAACUACCACCGCUUUGUCUACCACAUUCACUAGCAAGGCUUCCACUGUCACUGCUACCAAAUCGGGAGAGAGCGGUUCCGCUUCUGCUACUGGUACCGCAGCUACUGUUACUGCUAGUGGUGCUGCUAGCAAACAAGCUGUUGCGCUUGGUCUUGCGGGUAUCGCUGGUGGUUUGGCUUUGAUGAUUUAAGAUGGUAAUUGUGGAUAGAUAUCUUUGAUAUAUUCAUAGAAUAUUCAACGAUAUCCCGGGGGAGUUUGUGAUGGUUCAAAAGUUUAUUCGUUCAUCCAUUCAUUCAUUCAUCGAUAGAGAUGAUGUGAUAUGCAAUAUGAUCAAGAAUUAAAUGGCGGAUGCAUAGGUUAAUGAUACAUGACAAUGGGAAGUUUUCGGGCGUUGAUGGUACAUACAUAUAUUGCAUUAGAGAGAGGAUAAUGGGUGGUGAAGAUGUAAUUAAUGCGAAGCAAAUUCAUAAUGAUUCA